AUGGAGCUGUGGGACGGGGAGCGGGAACUGCUGGGGGGCAGCGAGGAGGAGGAAGAUGGCGGAUGGAUGAAGGCCACCGAUGUCACCGCGGGGGUCCCGACCCCCACUUCCCCCCAUCCCCCCCACAACCUUCUGGUCCUCCAACCCCUCUACCGAUGCCCGGACUGCGGAAAAACCUUCGGCUGCCGUUCCCACUUCGGCAAACACCGGCGAAGCCGUGCCGAACGACGGCCGUAUGGCUGCCGGCACCGUGGCAGAGCCAUCACCGGCGCCUCUGACCUCUACCGGAGCCAACAGAUCCACCUGGAGACCACCACAGCCACCAACGCGGCACCGAAACCCAACGUGGCGUCACCAAAACCCAACAUGACCACCAACAUGGCACCGAAACCCAACAUGACCACCAACACGGCACCAAAACCCAACACGGCGUCACCAAAACCCAACAUGAUCACCAACACGGCACCAAAACCCAACACGGCGUCACCAGAACCCAACAUGACCACCAACGCGGCACCAAAACCCAACAUGGCAUCACCAAAACCCAACACGGCAUCACCAAAACCCAACACAGCCACCAACACAUCAUCAAAACCCAACACUACCACCAAUACAUCACCGAAACCCAACAUGGCAUCACCAGAACCUGACACGACAUCACCAAAACCCAACAUGACCACCAACACGGCACCAAAACCCAACAUGACCACCAACACGGCACCAAAACCCAACACUACCACCAACGUGGCACCGAAACCCAACACGGCAUCACCAAAACCCAACGUGACCACCAACAUGGCACCAAAACCCAACAUGGCAUCACCAAAACCCAACAUGACCACCACGACCACAUCGGCGUCACCAAAACCCACCCCCACGUCACCAAAACCCAACACCCCAUCACCAAAACCCACCCCCACCACCACCCCAUCACCAAAACCCACCACCAUUAUCACGACUAGAUCCAUGGUGUCACCAAAACCCACCACUCCAUCACCAAAACCCACCACCCCAUCACCAAAACCCACCACCAUCACCACCACCGGAUCCAUGGCAUCACCAAAACCCACCACCCCAUCACCAAAACCCAACACUCCAUCACCAAAACCCACCACCCCAUCACCAAAACCCACCCCCACAUCACCAAAACCCACCACCCCAUCACCAAAACCCACCCCCACAUCACCAAAACCCCCCACCCCAUCACCAAAACCCACCCUCACGUCACCAAAACCCAACCCCGGUCCCCCAACCCCCACCCCCGCCCCCCCUUACCAAUGCACCCACUGCCCCCUCACCUUCCACCGUGCCAAAGAAUUGGCCGCUCACCGCCGCGCUCACGCCGGGACCUCCCCUUUCCAAUGCUCCCACUGCGGGAAGACCUUCACCUGGAGCUCCCAUUGGGAACGCCACCGGAGGACCCACACCGGCGAGAGGCCUUACCGCUGUGCCGAGUGUGGCAAAAGCUUUGGCCGAAGCUCUCACCUCUACCGGCACCAACGCGGCCACGCCGGUGGCCGUUCUUACAUCUGCACCUACUGCGGGAGAAGCUUUGGCAGCACCACCCAUUUUGAGAGGCACCAACGCACCCACGCCGGGAGGAGGCCCUAUAAGUGCACGCGGUGCCGGAAGAGUUUCGGCGACGCACCGGCGUUGGUUCGGCAUCAACGGGGCCAUUUGGCCGAGGGGACGUCGGUGUGCGGCCGUGGGGUGAAAAGGGGGGGGGUGGGGGGCGGGGGUGAAGGGAGGAGGUGCGGGGAUUGCGGUACGGUGUUCUCAUGGAGCUCCCAUUGGGAGUGGCAUUGGUGUGGGGAUGGCGGCACCGGAGGGGUUGGGGUCAGUGGUGGGGUCUCCGGGGUCAAUGGUGGGGUCUCCAUGGUCAAUGGUGGGGUCUCCACGGCCAAUGGUGGGGUCUCCAUGGCCAAUGGUGGCGUUGGUGUCAGUGGUGGGGUCUCCAUGGCCAAUGGUGGGGUCUCCAUGGUCAAUGGUAGGACCUCUGUGGUCAACGGUAGGACUUCCAUGGUCAAUGGUGGGGUUGGCGACCAUGGUGAGACCUCUGUGGCCAAUGGUGGGGUCUCCAUGGCCAAUGGUGGGGUUGGUGUCCAUGGUGAGACCUCUUUGGCCAAUGGUGGGGUCUCCAUGGCCAAUGGUGGGGUUGGCAUCCAUGGUGAGACCUCUAUGGUCAAUGGUGAGACCUCUAUGGUCAAUGGUGGGACCUCCAUGGCCAAUGGUGGGGUUGGCAUCCAUGGUGAGACCUCCAUGGCCAAUGGUGGGGUUGGCGUCAAUGGUGGAACCUCUAUGGUCAAUGGUGGGGUGUCCAUGGCCAAUGGUGGCACCUCCAUCGCCGAUGACGCCGUUGGCAUCGCCGAUGAUGGCACCCAUGGCACCAAAAGACAGCGCUGUGGUGACUGUGGGAAGACAUCCUCACGGCAAUGCCACUGGGAACGGCACCGGUGCACCCAUGGCACCGCCAUCACCGAUGGUGGGACCUCCAUCGCCGGUGGUGGGACCUCCGUGGUUGACAGCACCGUCGGCAUCGCCGAUGAUGGCACCCGUGGCACCAAAAGACGGCGCUGUGGUGACUGUGAGGUGAUGUUCUCCUGGAGCUCCCAUUGCCGGUGCACCAACGGCACCGCCAUCACCAAUGGCACCACCACCAUCACCAAUGGUGGGACCUCCAUUGCCGAUGACCCUGUUGGCAUCGCCGAUGACCCCGUUGGCAUCACCAACGAUGGCCCCAUUGCCACCAAACCCUACCGCUGUGCCGACUGUGGCAAAGCCUUCUCGUGGAGCUCCCAGUGGGGACGGCACCGGUGCACCAAUGGCACCGCCACUGCCAAUGGUGGGACCUCCAUCGCCGAUGACCCCGUUGGCAUUGCCGAUGACCCCAUUGGCAUUGCCGAUGAUCCCGAUGACCCCAUUGGCAUUGCCGAUGACCCCAUUGGCAUCGCCGAUGACCCUGUUUGCAUCACCAGGGACUCCAUUGGCAUCGCCGAUGACCCCGAUAACCCCAUUGGCAUCAGCGAGGACCCCGAGAACCCCAUUGGCAUCGCCGAUGACCCCAUUGGCAUCAACGAUGACCCCGAUGACCCCACUGGCAUCGCCGAUGACCCCAUUGGCAUCACCAAUGACCCCGAUGACCCCAUUGGCAUUGCCAAUGACCCUGAUGACCCCAUUGGCAUUGCCAGGGACCCCAUUGGCAUCACAGAUGACCCCGCUGACCCCACUGGCACCACCAACGAUGGCCCCAUUGCCACCAAACCCUACCGCUGUGCCGACUGUGGCAAAUCCUUCUCGUGGAGCUCCCAUUGGGAACGUCACCAACGCAUCCACACCGGUGAGCGGCCGUACCAAUGCGGCGACUGCGGCAAACGUUUUGGUCGCACCUCUCACCUCUACCGGCACCAACGUACCCACGCCGGGGGUCGGCCCCACAUAUGUGGGGUCUGCGGGAGGAGCUUCAACAGCACCGUCCAUUUCCAACGGCACCAAAAGAGCCACCGGCAGAAGCCGGCGGCGCCGCGGCGGUAUGCGGUGGUGACGGUGGUGGUGCCAGAGGAGGAGGAGGAGGAGGGCCGCCCCACACCGCCAGGGGGCGGCGGAGGAAGAGGAGGAUAUGGGGCGGGGGAGGAAGGAGACGCGCGGCCCCAUAUCCGGGGCGGUGCCGCUUUGGGGGUCUUUGGGGCCGCCCCGACCCUAAAAACGGCCCCAAAAAGCGGCCCCCCCCUCCCCCCCCCCGGCCCGACAACGAAGGGCGCCCCCCCCGGGGCCAUGCAGGAGAACUACGAGAAUGUCAUCUCUUUGGCUGAGGAGAUCGCCAUCAGUUGGCCCCGGAUAACGGCCUUCGCCGAAUCGCAGCGGCGCCGCGGGAUGGUGCCAGGCACCGACGCCGACUGUGACCCCCACCCCACAGAAGCUGCCCCCCCGGCACCUCCGGGGUCCGGGUCUGGGGUCGGGGGGACCCCCGAUUUGAGGCGGCAGUUGGGGCUGCUGCUGCAGACUGCGGGGCGCUGCCAGGUGGAACGGAUGCUACGGGAGCUGGUGCGGGAACAGGGCCCGGGGGGGGCCCGGCGUGGGAGGAGGAGAGCGACACGCAGCCCCCGGGAUGGAGGUGCCGGCGCCGAGGACGCGUCCCCAAACGGAGCCGAUCCCUCCCCAUCCCCAUCACCGUCCCCAUCGCAACCGGAACCCGUUGCCAAAACCCAACGCCGCAGCACCAAGAAGAGCGAGCCGACGCCGGCGCCGUGCGCCGAAUGCGCCCGUGGUGCCGCUACCAAACUACGUUGCUGCCCGGGCUGCUCCCGGCGGUGCCGGACGGCCGUCGCCGCCGAAAAACCACACCGUUGCGUUGAGUGUGGCAAAGGCUUCAGCCGUGGCUCCAACCUCACCCAACACCGACGCAUCCACACUGGUGAACGGCCGCACCGCUGCGGUGAUUGCGGCAAAGGCUUCAUCCAACGCUCCGAUCUGGAGAGGCACCGGCGCGUGCACACCGGAGAGAGGCCGUAUCCGUGUGGGGAUUGUGGGAAGAGCUUCAGUGUCAGCUCACACCUGGAUCGGCACCGCCGGACGCACGCCGGAGCCGUGGUGGGAGCCCGAACGACUCAUCGCCCGGUGCCGGUGAACGACGUCGGUUCGUCGGCACCGCAUCGGUGCCCGGAGUGCGGCAAAGGCUUCGGCCAACGCUCGGCGCUCUCCAAACACCGUAAGACGCACGGAGGCGAACGGCCGCAUCGCUGCGGGGAUUGCGGGAAGAGCUUCAGCCGUGGUUCCAACCUCACCCAACACCGGCGUAUCCACACCGGAGAGCGGCCGUUUGCUUGCGGUGAUUGCGGCAAAGGCUUCAUCCAACGCUCCGAUCUGGAGCGGCACCGACGCGUGCACACCGGAGAGCGGCCCUAUCAGUGUGGGGAGUGUGGGAAGAGCUUCAGUGUCAGCUCGCACUUGGAGAGGCACCGGAAGAUCCACGUGGCCGAGCGGUGCCAUGAGCACGUGGAGGAGUUCUUGGCUGCGCACCGACACGGCCGGGCCUAUAAGUGUGGGGAGUGCGGGCGCUGCUUUGGCCAAGGGGCCGCGUUGCUUAAGCACCAGCGGGCGCACGCCGGCGGGCGCCCACCGCCCCAUCAGUGCUCCCAUCAAAGCGAUGGGGAUGGGGACGGCGCGGUGCCGCCGGCGCCGCCGGAGAAGCCCUACAAGUGCGGGGAUUGCGGGAAGGGCUUUGGGCAGCGCUCGGCGUUGGUGAAGCACCGGCGUAUCCACACCGGGGAGAAGCCGUACGCCUGCGGGGAUUGCGGGAAGGGCUUCAUCCAAAAGUCAGAUCUGACCAUUCACCGGAGGAUGCACACCGGGGAGAAGCCGUACCGCUGCGGGGAGUGCGGGAAGUGCUUCAGCGUCUCCUCCAACCUCCUCACCCAUCGGCGUACCCACCUCGGGGAGAAGCCCUACGGCUGCCCCGAGUGUGGCAAGAGCUUCAUCCAACGCUCCGAGCUCACCAUCCACCGCCGCGUUCACACCGGAGAGAAGCCCUACGCCUGCCCGGCCUGCGGGAAGUGCUUCAGCCGCAGCUCCCACCUCAACCGGCACCGGAGAACCCAUAGCGGGGAGAAGACCCCCGCGCCGCCCCCUGCUGACCUCCGUGCCGACGCCGGACCCCCGCCGGCACCGCCGCCCUUCCCCGCCGCCGGACCCCCCCUGCCGCUGUCCCCCCUGGAGCUGCCUUGGGCUCUCUCUUUCCCUGCCAGAGCCUUCGUGCCCCCCGGUUUCCCACCGCCUGCUGGUGCUGCUCCUGGCGCCCCGGCACCAUCCCUUGCCGAGUGA